UGUCUUCCUCCUCCUCCUCCUCCUCCUCCUCCUCUCCGGCCGCCGCCGCCGCCGCCUCCACCUCCUCCUCCCCGGCAGCAUCCGUGGCUCCCCGCAGAGGACAGCGGGAGUUCGGUGGUCCUGGCCUGGGCACGGUUCCGGACGAGGCCCCGGGGCCGCCGCUGGAUGGAGCCGGGCUGCAUUCACUCCGCCAUGGCUCUGGGUCUGACUUCGAAGAAGGCGUCCGCCCGGAGCGUCGGCGUGGAGCGGAAAAACCUCAUCACGGUCUGCAGGUUCUCUGUGAAGACUCUCCUAGAAAAAUACACAGCAGAGCCCAUAGAUGACUCAUCCGAGGAGUUUCUGAACUUCGCUGCCAUACUGGAGCACAUCCUCAGCCACCGCUUCAAAGGUAGCGCCGCAGGCUCAGGAAGCUGGUUCAGCUCAGACGUGCAGCGCAGUUUCUGGGAGUACAUCCGGCUGGCGAGCAACAAGGUGCCCAACAACUGCAUCUCCAGCAUCGAAAACAUAGAGAACAUCAGCACGUCGCGAGCCAAGGGCCGGGCGUGGAUUCGAGUGGCCCUGAUGGAGAAACGUCUGUCCGAGUACGUGUCCACCGCCCUGAGGGACACCAAAACCACCAGACGGUUCUACGAUGACGGAGCCAUUAUGCUCAGAGAGGAGGCUACGGUGCUGACCGGCAUGCUGAUCGGACUGAGCGCCAUUGACUUCAGUUUCUGCCUAAAGGGAGAGACUCUGGACGGUAAAUCCACAGCUGUGAUCGACUACACGCCCUACCUGAAGUUCACCCAGAGCUACGACUACCUGAGCGACGAGGACGACCGGCGCAGCGUGGACAGCAGCAACAGCGAGGAGAGCGUCCCCGAGCACCCCUACAUCCCCCUGGUGACCGACGAGGAGAGCUGGGGCAACAAGUGCCGCAAGAUGGAGCAGAGGUUCAAGAUCGUCUACGCCCAGAAGGGCUACCUGGAGGAGCUGGUGCGCCUGCGCGAGUCGCAGCUGAAGAACGUGGAGACGGAGAACAAGCGGCUGAGAGCCAAAGUGGAGGAGCUGGCGGCGCAGAACCAGCAGGAGAAGAAGGAGCUGGAGGCCAUCGUCCUGGAGCUCCAGGCACAGCUGUCGGGGCUCAUGCCCUGUGACCCCUCCCACCUCUCGAAAGACCUGUCCAUCCCAUUGGUCAACCAGUGGCCCGCCAUCACAGACGACGACAGCGACGAGGUCAAGCUGUUCCGCAGGGAGAGUUUCCACAGCACGGAGCAGCUUUCCGCCGAGGUCAGUCUGAACUCCGACUCCCAGAAGGCCGACGGGAGGCAGAACGGAGACGCCGCCUGGACCUCGGCAGGGAAAGACAACACUCCGUCCCUGCUGGGCCUGUGCGGCUCUCUGGCCUCCCUGCCCAGCUCCAAGUCCCUGGCCAGCCUCAAGUCCAGCGAGUGCUUGGUGAACAUCAGCACCGAGCCCAGCCCCGCCCUCUCUCCCAGCUAGGAGCCGCCAGCCCAGAUCGAACCCCCCCCCCCCCCCCCCCCCCCCCCCCUCCAGCCCGUCUGCCUGGUGAUGCUGCAUCAAACGCCCCCUGCGCCCCCUCCGUACCCCUCCCCCUCCUUUCCCCUCCCCUCCCUCUCCCCCCGCCGCCUCCGCCUCCUACCAUCAAUCCAGAUCCACAACCGGAAACCCCUCACAUCACAUCCGGAUCUCUGUAGAGAAGUCAUCACGAAGCCUCAUUAGUCUCCCAGAUCUUUCCGUCCGUCCCCCCCUCAUAUACGACUCCGACGUCUCUGGAAAUACAUCUAUCCAACCCGAUUUUUCUCUGGCUUCUUUAUUUGAGCACCAGUACUCUCGUCCGUGUUUUCUUCCUUUUUACCGUGUAACGGAGACACAGACCCGGUGGCGACACGAGGGGAUCCAGAUCUGUUCUCGCUCUUGCAGACUCGCCUCAUGCUCUCGCCGCAUCGGGACGUUUGUUUCAUGAGUGUGAUGGGAUGUUCAAGUGCAAAUCAAACUGUUCCGUCUGUGCAGCUAUUUAUUGAUUCUGUUGAAUAUCAGAGCUAGAAGGAAUUUGUUUCCUUUGAUGGUUUGUGUUUCAAUAAACUGCCUUUUUGUUUUUCCAUUA